AACAGGUCAAAAUGCAGAUUGUCGUGAAGACCCUGACCGGCAAGACCAUCACCCUGGAGGUGGAGCCCAGUGACACCAUCGAAAAUGUGAAGGCCAAGAUAAGGAAGGCAUCCCAGGAUAAGGAAGGCAUCCCCGCCGACCACCAGAGGCUCAUCUUUACAGGCAAGCAGCUGGAAGAUGGCCGCACUCUUUCUGACUACGACAUCCAGAAAGAGUCGACCCUGCACCUGGUCCUGCAUCUGAGGGGUGGCUGUUAA